GGAAAUAUCAAAUAAUAAACUCUUCAAGUGACAGCGAACGUUCAAUGCGAGAUAUUGCCGAAUUUACAUAGAAUAUUGAAGAAAUUCAAUUAUCCAGUAAUGUUGCAUAUCGACAAUUCCACAGCAAUAAAUUGGAACAUUGAGAAACCAGGCAAUAACCAGGAAUUUAAUAGCAUGACAGUAAUUAAUUAUGAUCGUAAACUAUGGAAGAAUAUACCGCAAAGCUUUAAAUUCAUUCAAUUAAUCAAUACAAGGUUUUUAACGGAGGAUUUCGGUCGGAUAAGAACUAAGUUGAGCGUACGAGAAGUAAUAGUUUUAUUUAAUUCGAAUAAAAAAAUACGGAACAAUAUCCUAAGCAAGUUCGCUCGCUUCAGAUUAGUGUUCGUUUUUGAUAGGAAAACUUGCAAACUUUACAUCUGUUUGUACGGGAAAGAAUCCAAAUGCAAGCUGAAAUCGUUGGGUUUAAACGACUCCAUUCCGAUGUACAUAAAAAGAAAAAGCCUGAAAAAUUUCACAAUCGGAUACGCUACGUUUCCCCCCUUCGUGUACAAAGAUGAAAACAUGCAAUUCAAAGGGAUAGAAAUAAAAAUGGUGGACAUUUUGAGCCGUAAAUAUGACUUCACUUACGAUUUAAUGUCGUUCGAUCAAGAAGAAAACAACAAUAGUCACGUGGAAGCCAUGAUUUCUAAAGUGGCCACGGAGGAAAUUUCAUGGGGAAUCGGAGGGGUGGCUUUGACAUUGGAGAGAUGGAAGCAUUUUCACACCUUGACCUACAUUUACAUGGACGGAUACUCGGUGAUUUUCAAUAAAAAUUUCGAUUCGACAUCCUUGAGAAAUUACAUCACUAGAUUCAUCGAAUUUAAUUUGAUUUCCCUAUUUUUCGCUUGCUUGAUAUCUCUCAUAGUUUUCGCCUAUUGCAGGAUGUUUAAUAACGGAAAAUUCAAGCAAUACGUUAACUUGAUAUUUUUUCCUGUGUACGAGCAACCGCAAUCGAUCAAAGUAGUCCGGGGAAAUUUCCUGAGGACCCUCUUCCUGCUGUGGUGGCUCACCUGCGGCGUCCUCACGAUUUCCUUCAAGGUUUUCCUGUUCGGCACGAACCUGCGGGGGUCCCAGACCAUCCUGACUUUUCAGGAUCUCGUGGAGAACGGAUUCGAAUUCAAGG